CAGAAAAGCGCUCUUUCCAGGAGGUUAGCCGGCGACUGCAAAUAUGAAGGUGUUCGCUCUUCUCUUGUUCGCUGGAGUUUCUCUUGCACACUAUCGAGGUAAUCACGUAAGGCAGAGGGGUACCUUUCUACAGGAAACUCGGCACUCAUGGAAUGUGUGAAAACCUGUAUGAUGUGCGUCACAACACACUGGAGACCAACACAAUCAAGGAAUUGCAAAUUACAAAGACCUUAAACCUGCACAACUGCAUUGGAAAACCCCGCGUGUUUUCAAACGUACCAGGAGUGCGCUGUCUUAGCGAGGACUGCAGCGUCAUUGAUGAGCCCCUACAGAUCUCUGUGUCAGCAUCAUGUGAUCUUUUCGGAACCGAGGAACAAUUUGUGGUGAAGGAUUGUAGAACGAUGGGAAGAUACAUUUUUGCACCAACACAGAUGAAAGGAAAUGCCAGAACUUUGACCAAGCAAUACCUGAAAUUCAAGGAAGUGAGGUCUGAAUCCCAAAGCUAUACCGUUAGUGGUGUUACCGCUAGGACAUUGGAAAUGACUGUGGAUGAGGGGGAGGACAAACCAGAGACUGAGGAACAACGUACCCAGACUGCAAACAUGGUGAGAAAAUUGAUUGACGACCUGAUCAAGAGCGUGGAGGAGAAUAACUUGAUGUCUUGGCAGUUUAGUCGUUUGGUGGAAACCUUACGCAGGACCUGCAAAAAAACUCUUAUCAAGAUCUGGGACAACUGCUACAAUGACGAGAAACGCAGGCAAUGGCUGCUGGAAGCUCUGCCUUAUGUGUACAAGGAGGAGGUCUUUGAACUCAUCUCAGAGAAAAUCAAGACAUUGGAACUGGACUCUGGAAGGGCGGUCUCACUUAUUCGUGGUCUAGCCUUAACUCCAAACCCAACAAAAAAGAUGUGCUUGACCGUUGUGGAUCUCUGUUCUGGUUCUGUUGUCCAAGCAGACGAGACUCUGAAGAAAACCUGUUACCUUACUGCCGGUGCCUUGAUGCAUGACUUCUGCAAAGACAAGGACGCCACUUGCCUUACCAACGAAGUGGCUGAGAUUAAGAGUCGUUUGCAGUACGCCAGUUACCGUGAAAAGAUCUUCAUCUUGAAGGGCAUCGGUAAUUUCGGUCACAGAGAUUUUUACCAACCUCUUUUGGAAAUUAUCAAGGACAACAGGAACUCUCUGGAAUUACGCGUCACAGCUGUGUAUGCUCUACGAAGAAUCGCUCCGAAAAUUUCACAAAAGGUAUUGCCAGUGUUGCUAGAGAUCUUCCGUCAACCAAACAACGACGCCGAACUGCGCAUGGCUUGUUUUGUGAUCAUCUGCGACUGCAAACCUGGUCCAGCGGUGUUCAACUUGGUAGUCAAGCAGCUCUAUUACGAGCGCACCAAUCAAGUGCGAUCUUUUGUCGUGUCUUACAUCAAGGGGAUGGCUUUCUCUAGAUACCCAUGUGACGAAAAAAUGGCUCAAACCGCACGAAUCGCUCUCCGAAUCGCCCUUCGAGCGCUUAAGAGAUACAAGAUAAACCCAGUGAACUCCAAAUGGCUCCACUUUGGCGACUUCUCCGAUCUUCUCCAGAUGGGAAGUUCAGUUGAUCUUCGCAUGAUUUCCACGCCAUCAAGCUUCAUCCCGAGAGCUAUCAACUCUAAAGUCAAACUACACACCGGUAUGCUUGGAAAAUCUCUGAAUCUGUUCGAGACUGGCAUCCGUGGUGAGGGAAUCCAAGAGCUGCUCCAACGUGUCAUGGGACCAAGGGGACACUACAGCGAAGAUAAGAGUCUGUUUGGCUCGCUCAGACCGAAACGAAGCUUAGACAAGAGUCUGAAUGAGAAAGAAAUCAAGGAAAUCCAAUACCAGCUGCCAACCGCUGAACAUGAAGAGGAGAAAGCCAAAGGUUCCUUCUACUUCAAAGUUUUUGGAAAAGAACUGUUCUAUAAUUAUUUCACCUAUGAUGACAUCAAAGAGUUAAUCGAAGAUGGAGUCAUCAGAGUUAGCAACGAUCUAAAGGACCUGCUGAAGAAAGGUAAAAAAUGGAAUAUGUCCAAAAUCCUCCGUCCAAUUGAAGUGAAGAUACGCCAGCCCUCGUGUGCCGGUCUGCCCCUGGAUUUCUCUGUGGACAGCGUUUUGUUCCUGCGUUUGAACACCACGGUCAAAGCUGAGGUUCAACCCCGAUUCUUCAUUCCUCUUCCCGAUCAAGUCACUCUUAGUGGAAAAUUGAACGUUAGUGUUCUUCAUUCUUUGUGGGGAAAAAUGAAAGUAUCUCUGCCUCAGUUGGAGACUGGUAGUAAGCUAACGAUCCACACCAAUAUCACCACUGGAUUAGGUGGCAAAUUCCAGUGCAACCUCAGAAAUCAAAGCUACACCACAGAAAUGGACUUGCCGCAAGAGAGACAGGAGAUUUUAUCAACUAGCAAGGCGAGCAACACUUGGCUGAUGUACAGGAAACCUGUCACAGGUUCCAAGAAUUGGUCUUCAAUCUACAGGAGCACAGAGCUGGACGGAUUUGAGAUCGGAGAAGUUACUGAGAUUGCCAGGGGACAUCAUCAUCAUCGUUAUGCCAACUGGACUCUGAAGGCAGGCAAUGGAAAAUACCUGUCUGUGAAUGAGCACAAUGAACUCGUCUUAAGCGAGCUACCUACUGUCUUCAAAGUCUUCUUUAUCGACGGAAAUCAUCAACUUGUGAAACUUUUUGUCACCGGAAAGGGAUUCGUUAAGGUGAGGCCAAAUUCCCAAGGGUGUUUAGAGACUGUGCAUGAUAAUCGCUACCCCAAGCUCUUCAAGAUCACAUUCGUGAAUGGUCGCCGUCAUGUUCGCCUCGCGACAGUUGUGUAUAUUCACAAAGAUGCAUCCAAGAACCCUGUGGAAUGGACCCGCGCAACCGUCCCUAUGAACACGGAUCAAGUCACGUUAUUCCAACACAUGAUCGAAGAUAUUGAGCCACAGAAGGGAUAUGAGGAGAAAUGGCGCUAUAUCAGUGACUUGCCCUUGAAUUCGCCUUCGCAUAAUGCUGAGAAGAGUGACGGACUGCAUCCGCGUCAUAUGAAAAUCGUCUUUGUUACACCUAUGGGAAGCAAGCUUUGUUUGAGGCCGAGCCAAACCAAGGAAUCUGUGCUCUCUGUAAAGAGGCAUCACACAAACUCGAGCGAACUGUGCUAUGGCAAACAAAUGCUUGGUUUUGAUGUGUGCUUGAGUGGUAGAUACAUAAUGCCACACAUUCCCCACCCUCCCGCUUUCCCGUUCAGCGGUCCAGCCAGGCUCAACAUCUUCGUUCAACCAAGCAGAGAUCCAGCUCAGAAAAUCCAGCUUAAGUUUGGCAAAGGAGACAGAUUCAAUGAACACCUAAAGACAUGGAAGGCCGGAAUUUACCUUCAAGGCACAAACCCUGAGAAAAAAAUUGAGGCUGACGUCAGUUAUGACGUCGACAAUCAGAGGACUGACGUCACCGUCGAUAUCCAUAACAUGUACCCAUGGCUGAGGAAAGUUUGCAUUGUCAACCAAGUGACCAGUAAUGAUGAAGUGGAGUUUGACUUGAGAUUUGGUGAAAAUUGCCUCAAUGAUUAUGAAGUGCAGACCCGUAUCUCCAUCAAAGAACCAAGCCGCAGACAACUGAACAUCGUGACUUCUUACAACAAACUGCCAGAACCAGUGCUAAUGAUGUGCUACAAACUUCUGAAAAAGUUUUCUCAGCGCUAUUAUCACAGGCUCAGCGAUUGGGAAUUUGCUAGGAACGAGCCGAACAAAGUCGAAUUUGUUGUGAAAUUUAAAACUGACCAACUCGUUGAUCUUCAACUCAACACACCUUCUCAUGUGAUGACAAUGGAAGACGUCGAGUUCAAGAGCCAAGGUUUUCUUCCUCGGGGAUCCAAUUACUACAACACAUUUAUGCAUGUGUCUACACCGGUUUGCACCGUGGAGCAGGACACUUUGAAAACCUUUGAUGACGUCGAGAUCCAACAUACGUUACCAGACAGGUGCAUGCACGUGCUGGCCAAAGACUGCACAAAGAACACCUCCUUCAUAGUACUCAUGUCCAAAGACACUCGACAUCCUGAUAAGAAGAUCAUUGAAAUAUUAGUGGAGCAGGAAAAGAUACGAAUAGCACAUUUGGGAAGCGCAGGAUAUCAGAUUCAGGUCAACGGAAAAAUCCAACUAAAUCGGCCGAUCCGCCACAAGAACAUCGCCACCAUAAUCGAAGAACCAGCAAGCGACAAACUUCAUGUUUUGUGCGAUAUUGGUCUUCAAGUAGAGAUCGUGCGUGGAAGCAAAAUUAAUAUCCGUGUAUCGCGAUACUAUUUCGACCGUACUUGUGGCAUGUGUGGUGACUGUAAUGCAGAACAGUUCCGUGACCUGAAAACCCCACAAGGCAAAGUAUUCACCGACUCUGAUAAUCUGAUGUAUGGUCGUAUGUGGAUGGUGACCAUGGAUACUUGCAAAGCUGGAUGUAACCUCAAGAAAGAGUACCUCAAGGUUGACAGAACCAUCAACGGUGAGAGCCACGAUUGCUACCCUACUAGCCCAGUCCUCCGCUGUCAUAAUGGUUGCCAGGCUACCAAAACCAGGAUGACAUCAUUCCCUAUGACUUGCGUGGAGACUGGAACUAAGGAAUCACAGAAAAUAUCGGCUAACUUGGGAAAACCCAGUUUCGAUUUGACCGGAAGUGUCGUGUACUUCAGGGAAAAUCUGGAAGAGGAAACAGAGUGCAACUGCAGUAGCUGUCAGUAGUGAGCACCCAUUCUCAAGGGAAUUUGACCAAGUUACCAGGAAGUGAAACGGACCGUUACUAAGGACUGAUUUUAAGGCUAUCGCACAUUUAAUUUUUUUUAUUGAUUACUAGGAAAGAAAUUGCUCAAUAACCUCGUGAGAUUAAAACAUUAAAAAGUUUUGUUGCAUUUUUUCCCCUUCAAAUGGCAGUUCUUUAUAUCAGUUUUAAAUAGUUGCAGCAAUGUUUCUCUUUUAUAAAGAGUAAACAGACAUUAAGAGAAUUAUGUAUUUGAUAACACUUGAGUUGUAGAUUUAUUUUGCGCUCUUCGUAACUUACAUUUCUGUUCAAGUGUUAGUUUCUCUCUAUCUCUGUUUUUUUCGUUAUGUUUUUGGGUUUUUUGUUGUUGCAAGUUUUAAAGUAUACCAAUAAGCAAUCAAUAGGGUGCCGAUAAUAAAUAAAAUAAAACAUGAAUU